CUCAUCUCUUCCUUAUCGACGCUGUGGGCGCAGAGCCGCCCACGUCGUCCCCUUCCCAUCCCUCUCCUGCUCCUCUCCCCGAAAUCCCCACGCAACCGCCUACGCGUCCCACCGGAGGACAGUCAGUCAGUGGUCGGCCGCGGCAGCACAAGCGGACGAAGCGGAGGAGGAGAAAAAUCUGCGCCCAUCGCUAGUGUCCCGCUACUUAUACACUACAGUCCGCUCCUGCCUUCCCCUCACACCGUCCCUCUCUUUUCCGUCCCCGAUCCGCACAGUGAGCAAAGAUGGCACCGCCAUCCAUGAGCCUUGCAGCGAAAGGGGUGCUUCCCUUCGCCGCGCUUCCUUCAGUUGGCGUUUCACAGAGGCCAGUGUCUGUGACUGCCUCCCUUGAGCACAAGACUAGUGAUGCUAAAAGGAAGUUCCUGAAGCUUGCGCUCGGAGGAGUUGGGUUGCCUGCCUUGUUGGGUGCUAAGAAAGCUCUCGCUGAUGACCAAGGCGUUUCUUCCUCGAGGAUGUCUUACUCGAGGUUCCUUGAGUACCUUGACAAGGACAGAGUGAAGAAAGUUGAUUUGUUCGAGAAUGGGACCAUUGCUAUUGUAGAGGCUAUUUCUCCUGAGCUCGGCAAUCGCGUGCAGAGAGUUCGUGUGCAACUUCCUGGUCUAAGCCAGGAGCUUCUUCAGAAGUUGAGGGAGAAGAAUAUUGAUUUUGCUGCACACAACAACCAGGAGGAGUCCGGUUCCCUUCUGUUCAACCUUAUCGGAAAUUUGGCCUUCCCGCUUAUCCUUAUUGGUGGUCUGUUUUUGCUGUCGAGAAGAGGAUCAGGUGGUAUGGGUGGACCUAAUGGUCCUGGUUUUCCCCUUGGUUUCGGUCAAUCUAAAGCCAAGUUUCAGAUGGAACCCAACACCGGUGUUACAUUUGAUGAUGUUGCUGGUGUCGAUGAAGCAAAGCAAGACUUCAUGGAAGUGGUCGAGUUCUUGAAGAAACCAGAGAGGUUCACCGCUGUCGGUGCUCGCAUUCCUAAGGGCGUGCUACUUAUUGGUCCUCCUGGAACUGGUAAGACUUUGCUUGCCAAGGCAAUUGCAGGAGAAGCCGGAGUGCCAUUUUUUUCAAUAUCGGGAUCUGAGUUUGUGGAGAUGUUUGUUGGUGUUGGUGCCUCCCGGGUUCGUGAUCUUUUCAAGAAGGCCAAGGAGAAUGCUCCCUGCAUAGUAUUUGUUGAUGAAAUUGAUGCUGUUGGAAGGCAAAGAGGAACAGGUAUUGGUGGUGGGAAUGAUGAAAGGGAGCAAACACUCAAUCAGCUAUUGACUGAGAUGGAUGGGUUUGAGGGUAACACUGGAAUAAUUGUUGUUGCUGCCACCAACAGGGCUGACAUCUUGGACUCUGCUUUACUUAGACCUGGACGUUUUGACAGACAGGUGAGUGUUGAUGUUCCUGAUGUACGUGGAAGGACAGAGAUUCUAAAGGUACAUGGUAGCAACAAGAAAUUUGAUCCCGAUGUUUCUCUUGAGGUCAUAGCAAUGAGGACACCUGGAUUUAGUGGAGCAGACUUGGCAAAUCUUCUGAAUGAAGCAGCCAUAUUAGCAGGCCGACGUGGGAGGACAGGAAUUUCCUCAAAAGAGAUUGAUGAUUCCAUUGAUAGAAUAGUGGCUGGUAUGGAAGGAACUGUCAUGACAGAUGGGAAGAGCAAAAGCCUUGUUGCUUACCAUGAAGUUGGGCAUGCAGUCUGCGGAACUUUGACGCCUGGCCAUGACCCCGUCCAAAAGGUUACCUUAGUUCCAAGGGGUCAAGCUCGUGGGCUCACCUGGUUCAUUCCAAUGGAUGACCCGACGCUCAUCUCUAGGCAGCAACUAUUUGCCAGAAUUGUUGGCGGCCUUGGAGGUAGAGCUGCUGAGGAGAUCAUAUUUGGUGAGCCUGAGGUCACCACUGGAGCUGCCGGUGACUUGCAGCAGAUCACCGGCUUAGCCAAGCAGAUGGUGGUUACAUUUGGCAUGUCCGAGAUUGGCCCAUGGUCUCUGAUGGACGCAUCGCAGAGCGGGGAUGUCAUCAUGAGAAUGAUGGCGAGGAACUCCAUGUCUGAGAAGCUCGCGCUGGACAUCGAUUCAGCUGUGAAGGAGUUGUCGGAUCGGGCCUACGAGAUCGCUUUGAAACAAAUCAGGGAGAACCGUGUGGCCAUGGACAAGAUCGUAGAGGUGCUCCUCGAAAAGGAGACAUUGAGUGGUGACGAGUUCCGGGCGAUCCUUUCUGAGUUCACGGAGAUCCCCGUCGAGAACCAGGUUCCUCCAGCACCACAGGCAGCUGUCCCGGUCUGAAUCCGCGUAGCUUUAUAGGGUUUGGAAUUUGUUGUUGUAAGAUGUUCAUAUUUUCGAUUCUUGGUGUAAACUAAUUCUACUUCACUCGCCGGAUUUUUUUUGGUGCACCACAUGUAACUUACUCGUGGUUAAUAUAAAAUGUAAUUACAUGGAAGGAGUUUACGCUGA